AUUCUUUGGUUAUAAUAACUUCAAAGGAAAUUCUUUUUUCCAGAGUGCUUUCUGCAGAUGAAGCCACCUCAUUCUACUCGACCAACACAGUGUCCCUUUUGCAAAACAUCAAACUAUGCUGUGGAGUAUCGUGGUGUGAGGACAAAGGAAGAAAAGGGUAUCGAACAAGUGGAAGAGCAAAAAGUUAUUGAAGCACAAAUAAGGAUGAGGCAACAAGAACUUCAGGAUGCAGAAGAAAGAAUGCAAAAAAAGCAUGAUCUGAGUUCAUCCAGCAGAAUAAUAAAUGUUGGAGAAGUCGAAUAUCAGGACGUGGCAAACAGUGCAGUACCAUCUUUUAGAUACUCGGGACAGGGCAACGAGAUUGCUCCUUUUGAAGGCUCAUUUUCUGCGCCAGAAAGCAGGCAGUCUUCACACAUAAGGCAAAGCAGGGAGGACAAUUUCGACCUGGAUCUUGAUGAUAUUAUGGUGAUGGAAGCUGUCUGGUUAUCUAUUCAGGAGGGCGGAGGUUCAAGAAACCCAAUGGAAGCUUCUCCAUCCGGUGGUCUUGCAUGCACCGUUGCUGCCUUAGCCGAACGUCAGCACAUGGGUGAGGACUCAUCCAACACAGCUGAAAGCAGCAACCCAGUCUUUGACCACACAUUACAGCAUUCAACUACUCUAACCUCAAGAGAAGAAAGAUCAAUUCGAAAAUACCCAUCCAAGAGAUGGAUCGAAGUCUCACCAGAGAGUGGGAGAGCAGUAACAGGAGAAGAGGAGAGUGAGUGGUCGGUGGAAGAUCAUGGUUCAGAGAUUGCAGAAGCGGGAACAAGCUAUGCAGGCUCAGAGGUUGCUGCAGUGGAAAUAGCAGGCCCUUCAACUUCAGUUAGUGAUGAUGGUGCCAAUAUGACUUCUGCUCAUCUUAUUCCUGAGAGCUUUGAAGAGCAAAUGAUGCUCGCUAUGGCUGUUUCAUUAGCGGAGGUUCGAGCGAGAUCGAGUCCACAGGGUGUAACUUGGAUGUAACUUUGUUUUUAUGUGGUGCUAAAGCUCAGUGGUGUAAUUUUCUUUCGUUUUCCACCCUUUUUUCUUAAUGUUGUUUACUAUAUACGGAUGUAAAAAAAGGUAAGGUAGAAAGGAGGAUGGAGGAGAAAGUAUGGAGGUGACAUUUUUUCUAAAGCGUGGAUGGAUGAGGAAGAUGUUAAUUUUACUUGCAAGAUAAGGCAAUGUGCAAUAAUGUGGUCUUCUCUUCAUUCUUCUUC